UGGUUGGUUGGUUGACGUGGCUUCAAGCAAGAAAAUAUUCGCGCAUCUUAGUUACGAAAACAUCUUGUAUACAGGAAAACGCAGUCAGUCAGUUAUCGACAAAACGCAGCCGGUUUAACGCACAAAGGGUUUUUUCCUUAGUUCUCAAAAUGCGCUUGUUGUUUGCUGCUAGCUUUAGCGUAAGUUUGCUCAUUCUGGUCGCUAUACAUGGCGCAGAAUCUGGCACCUGUGACAAGAAGAAUGUCUGUUCAGCAAUUGAGGCUUUGGAAACGAAGUUGGAAAAGCUUAUCGCACUUGUUACCCCACCAGAUGUCCCCGCUUCUUCCUGUAAAGAACUGUAUGACAAACACAAUUUACGAGUAAAUAAAGCCUACGAGCUGCAGAAUAACAGUGGAAAGGUCCCUGUGUAUUGUCACAUGACCAGCUACGGCAUUGGUGCAUGCGGAGGAGGAGGAUGGACACUGGUCAUGAAAAUUGAUGGCCAUAAGUCAUCCUUCCUCUACCAUUCUACACUCUGGACCAACAAGAACGAGUUUAAUCUCCCUGGAGGCAAGACUGGGUUUGACUUACAAGAGACCAAGUUACCGACCUACUGGAACACACCCUUCUCCAAGAUCUGUCUUGGUAUGAAGAUCGGCCAUCAGAUCAAGUUCAUUGCCAUUAACAGGCAUGCCAACUCUCUGCACUCACUGAUCGCUGACGGUCGAUACCGCGCCACUUCACUGGGUCGUAACACGUGGAAGACGUUGACUGGUUCACUGGCCUCGUUACAGCUCAACUGUAACAAGGAAGGGUUCAAUGCUGCAUGUACCUAUAGAACAGUGAGGAUCGGCAUCCUUGGAAACAACGAGAACGAUUGUAUCAGCUGUGACUCGAUAAUCGGGUUUGGUGGUAACUGGGACUUCACUCUUGGAAACAUGGCAAUGCAUGGCGGAGAUAAUGGAGACAAACACAUCAAAGCCAUGGGAUAUAUCCUAGUUCAGUGACUAGAACUCUUUACGAUACCGCGUCCUGCAAAACAAGCUUUAAACAGCUCAAUAGAUUAGUAUUGGUGCACUUUUAUAUGAGAGAAUUAGUGUUUUGUAGAAUAAAUAAAAAGU